UUUUCAACGUAAUUUCGUGUUUUUGUGUAAUGUUUGUUUUAUCCAAAGAUGAGGAAAGGUUCGUUUUGUUUCCUUGUAAGCCGGUUUAUACCGUCGGUCGCCUGUCCACGGACUUGAUCAUUCAGGAGGACCUCAGUGUGAGCCGCACCCAUGUCAAAUUGCACUUGGCCGCAAAGGAGGAUGAUACCCUGCAGGUGGAGGACCUGGGCUCCAGGUAUGGCACCUUCAUUUUUCCACGAAAUGCCAAGGAAGCUAAGAAAAUCCCAGCAAGGACACUGACACCGCUGACGGCGGGAACUCGUGUGCGUUUCGGGGGAAACACCAGCGUUUGGCAGGUGACACAGCUAAAGCUGGUGACCACGGCCUCGGCUUUAACUCGAACCCAGGUCCAGGAACUGGAAGAGUUGCUGAAGCCCCUGGGCGGAGUCGUUAGCCUGAACUGGACGGAGGAAUGUUCGCACCUCACCAUGAACGAAGCCACGGUUACGGUAAAGUUACUGCAUGCUCUGCUGGAGAACAAGCCCAUUGUCACCUUCGCCUUCUGGCGAAAGUUGCUACAAGCGGCUCAGAGCAUCCACGUGAAGGAGGGCUGGCCACAGCCCAAGGAUUAUCAGCCCACCAAUAUGGAUGUUAAAUGGCGUCCAGAACGCACCACCCUGUUCGCAGGCAAGACGUUUGUCUUUAUGAAUCGAAAGCACUUUGAGAUCUACGGUGCAGUUGUCCAGAAAGCAGGCGCUGCCUGCAAGGAUCUCAAUUCCGGAGUGCGGAAAACCUUUCUUACCAAGAAGGAUGUGAUAGUCAUACAGUAUGUGCCGUCUACUCAGUCCCAGGCCACCGAAACGAUUAAUAGUAUUCAAGGUAUCCUGGAGCAGGCCGGUCUGCGCAUUAUCCAAGAGUACGAGAUUGGCACGGCCCUGCUGCACUGCUCCAUCAAGGAGUUCUGCAAUCCAGCGCACAAGUUCUCCAACGACUCGUUGCCCCCUACAGAGUCCGUAACCUCAUCGAUGGACUUCAAUUCCUCCAUCCUGGCGCCCAACACCGAACGGAGUGUGGGUCGAUCCAGUGGGGGCAUAAUUUCUGAGCUGAUUGUGCCCGAAUCGGAGCAGUCAGAGACCUCCAAGAGUGCGGCCCUGAAGCGCAAUCAUGCCGUAAUAUUGGACUCCGAGGAAGAGGAGCAGGAAAAAUCUGCUUCGAAGAGAGCCAAGCCGAUGCUCCAAGAAAAACCAAAGGGAAAAACCAAAAAGAAUGCCAUCUUAGUAGAUUCUUCCGAUGAGGAUGAAGCUCCGGCUCCACAGCCGCAAAACACGCAUAUUAAACAGAAGACCAGGCCCGUAUAUUGUGUUGAUUCUUCGGACGAGGACGAGGAGAACGUCAACAAUGAUGCCGAGAAGCCAAAGGAAUCACCAGCUCCUGGGGCAAACACUCCCAAAGCCUCAAAGAAGACAGAGUCUAAAAUUAAAGGCAUUGCCCAGUUCGCAUUGAAGAAGCCCGAAGUGCCGCCGGCAGUAACCAGGACAUCACCACGCCUAAAAGCCAAUACGGAGGCCAGGAAUAUAACAAAUAAGCAGCCGGAAAUGCCAGUGGCACAAGCUAAACGGUCAGUGGCACAGUUUUUAAAUGAUGAGGAAGACGAGGACGAUGCAGCCACUCUUUUCCAAUUCUCCAAAAGCCCACAAAAGCCACCAACGACUAAGGCCAACAAACCACCCGGCAGAAUAAGUAUGAUCAACUUUCUUGAAAAAUCUCAGCCGCAGGAGUCCUCGGCUGAAUCUCAGCCACCCUCCCAGUCCCAGACGCAACCCCGCAAGCGCCUCCGGCUGGAGCCGCUUAACGAAAGUGAUAGCGAUGACUGCGAGGAUCUCUUUAACUUUGCGGAUAGCAAAAGGAAAAAGCAGAAACAACAGGAACAAACAAACAACGACGACGUCAACGACGGUUUGUUCAACUUCAAUAACUCUGAAGGAAGGCACAGCGAUGCUGUCAACCAGGACUUUGUGCAGACUGAACCCUUCUGCCCGGAAAGGGAGUGUGAGAAGGCAAAAUCCAAGUACAUAGUGCCACAGCGCAAGGACUUGCCCCAAAAGGUGGAUGUGAGUGGCUGGUUGUCGUGCAGCAGGCUGCACAACGAGGACAUCAAGUCAGAGGCGAAUGUAAGCCUAGAAAUGGCAGCCAAGCUGGAAAACUCCAUCAAAGAAGAUCCGGAUGCAGAGGAGGAAGACUCCAAAAAGCAUUUAAAGUGGCUAGCCGCCAUGAACGAUGGCAUUCAGGUUCGCAUGUGCAACCUAAACAUCAGCACCACUCGCAGCACUGAUGAAGUGGAUGGGUCUUCAUUGAAUGGAACAGCAAGCACCUACAGUGGCCGCAAGAAUUUUAAAAAAUUUGUCAAGACUUGCAAUCCGCAUCCUCAGCGUCGCGUUGUGGGUCUCAAGCGUUUGCAGCUGGUGGACGGCAUGGUGACCUGUCUUUAAAUUGGAACGUAAGCCUUGUUCUUUAGCCUCUACUUUAUUUUGCUAAUAAUAAACUUGCGAAAUACA